AUGGGAAACGCUUUAUUCUCGUCUUUGACGACGGUGGCAUCAUCGCCAUCGUCAUUUAUAUCAUCUCCUGUUAAAGAUGGUAGUACUAGCGAUGGGUACGAACAAAAGUACCAGCGUCUCGUUCUCUCCUUGAAGAGAAACCAAAACCGUUUAUUCCUCUCCGGAGAAGUCGCGAGAGUGAACGAGGUGACGAGAAACGGACGGGUUUUCACGCGCAAUGCGAUGGCGAAAGCAAUGGAAGCGGUAAAGUUGCCAAUGUUUGGACGGUUGGAGCAUCCGGAGUGCGACGCGAGCGACGCGGAGUCCGUGGAGAGGUACAGGAGGAGAUUUAGGUGUGUUGCGUGUUCGAAGCCAAACGGGGCGAACGAGACGCCGGCGAUGACGGAUGCGGUGAGUUUGGACGGCAUCAUGGACCACCAAACCUCGCACGUCGUGCACGAUUUGUAUUUUAACGGCAGCGCUGUCGUAGUUGUGGUGGAAGUGUUAGAGUGUACGGAAGCGGGAAGGAAAGUGAGAGAGGUGUACGAGAAGGCGGGCGGUCUCGUCGGCGCUUCGAUGAGAGCGUGGGGGAGUUCGACGGAGGCCGCGUUAGAUGUCGAUUCGGGAGGUAUAGAUGAUGGUGGCGCGAGCGGUGGUAAUGCGAAGAAUAUUCGAGCGGUGUGCGAGGAGGGUUUCGAACUCAUCACGAUUGAUUUAGUCGCCAAUCCGUCGCACACGUUGGCGUAUUUACAACCGCACUUGGGGAACUUGGUAAAAUAG